UGUGCUCACAUACCCAAGGAGGGAGACAAGGGUAAAAAUGAAGGUAAGUGACAUAUUGCCUGAAUUACCAUUUUCAUUUAUAAACCGUGUGAAGCGUUGUGCACUGGUGAUGUAAAAACGAAGGAGGAGAAUAUACCGCCACCUGCCGGAAGUGUGGGCUGUCUUGAAUGCCAGCAUUGAUUUGAGCACUCUCCCUUUUGAACUUCAACAUAAAGAAACAAACUAUAAUGAACUUAAAGAGACAAAAAUAAAAUUACUUAACAUAUAACUCAUUAUACAGAAGACCUACUUUCAUACUAGGAUCAGUCAGAAAACGAUGUUCGCAUGCUGUUUAUUUAUUGACCAUGAUGACAGAACUCACUUGAGUAUAAAUGCAAAACUCAAGGUCAGGCUGGGGUGUUUUCAGCAGUGUUGCAUGGUGUGGCCAGCAGAAGAGUAUUUCAUGUUGAUACUGAGACCCACGGGCACUCACUCCCACAGGACCAUGACCUUCAUUCUGUGCGAGUUGCUCAUUGUUUGUACUCAAGUCAGACGUGAUAGCCAACUAUCAGCACAGUGACAGGUUCAAACAGCCAUGACAAAUGGCAACAAGAUUUUAUAAAACAAGCCACACAGAGUAUAGCAGCCAGGUUUCACAAAGAAGGCAACAUUAUCUGUGUUUUUGUUUUGUUUUGGUUUUUUUCACUGUAAGAUGUCAGCAUCAGACAUGAAAUCAGACUGAAGUUGUGACUGCACAAGUGAGUGCAAAUUUGAUAGGCCUGUUGCCGAAGGUGGGCAUUUAAAACACAAAAGAAAGAAGGAAAGAAUGAAAAAAAAGAAAGAAAGGAUAGAAAACAGCCAUCUGUGUUGGUUGGUGGCACCCAUCCCAACGAGGGAGUGAGUGAGCCAGACGUUUAACGAUAAUGACCUUGUGCAGCAGACAUCCUUCCCGUGGGCAGCCAAACACAGGCCUUAUCCCAAAGAGGCUGUUUUGUGUUUAUGCGCAGGCACGCAGCUGUGUGGAUUUACGCAGACCCAGCCAUCGCAUGAGGUGUUGGUAUUGGUGUUGCAGUGGUGGUGUUAGCAGAGGCUGCUUUCACCGGUGCAGAAAUUGGCUUCCAUGCGUGGCGUGGGCUUAUUUUUUUUUUUCCGGAAGGGGUCAGGGGUGAAAGGUCAGCCCUGGCGCCAUAGUGCCUGAGGUCACUGCCUCCCAGGCUGCUAGUGGGGUCACGAGGCACAGGGGUCACACAGAGCAGAGCGACAGUCAGCUGUGCUUGUCCGCGGAUCAUUCGAGAACGUGGCAGUUUAUGCCCGCCCUAAAAAACAUGUAGUCUAUAGCAUGGAAAGUGUGAGUGUUUGACGUGAUUGUUUCUUGUAUUUGAUUUCUUUCUUUUCCUUUGUGGAUAUGUCUCUGUGUGUGUGUGUGCUGCUGCAUGUUUCGCCAGGGAAAAUUAAGACCCUCGUCUGCACAAUGGCUGCCAUUGUAAGCGCUAGGAGCUACAGAUCUGAGCCUUUGUUUAUCUGCUAAGCUGGAUUUGGUAAUGAGCAUGGCCGAGGAAAUGCCUACACCCUUUUCUGUGACAAAGGAACACAAGAGCCCUCCUCCACUGCUGAGCUAGGUGAAAAAAAAAAAAGUCAAAAUAAAAGGAGGAACCGGAGGGAAUAAAGCAUGAAUGAAAAAAAGGAGAGAGGGACAGAAGAGAUUUUUGCAAAGAAUAAAGGGGUGGAAUUAGGGGAAAGGAUGAGCAGGGAGAGAGAGGAGUGGCUUCUGAAAGACAGGUGCUAAACAAACACAGCCGCCAGCUCUUGCCCAGUGUGGGCCCUCGCUGACGUGAUUAUUGCAUAAUCUGUUGGAAAGCAGGAGUGGGUGUUGAGGCUUUGGUGGUUCCUUGUUUGUUUGUUACAACAGGCCAGGGCUCCUCACAUCCCACUCCUCUGGGUCUGCAUUGGGCACAUUAGGAACUGCCUUUAUUUUAGAGGCCUCAUGAAAAUGCAGUGCUUUUGAAAAACAGAUUUGUUCCCUUCAUGGAGGUGUACAAUAAGAGCGUGUGUCGGACGCGGGAGACUCUGGUGGACAUCUAUAAGGAGUACCCGGACGACACUGAACACACAUACCACCCGUCCUGUGUGGUGGUCAUGCGCUGUGCUGGGUGCUGCCCUGAUGAGGCACUCGAGUGUGUUCCCACAGAGACACGCAAUGUCACUCUGGAGGUAAUACGAACCAGACAGCAUGUACAACAGAGUAAAUACCAGCUGAGUUUCACUGAACACACAAAGUGUGAAUGCAAACCAAAGCAAGAAGUCAAAGUAAAGAAAGAAAACCACUGUGAGCCUUGCUCAGAAAGAAGAAAGCGCUUGUAUGUGCAGGACCCUAUCACCUGUAAAUGUUCCUGCAAAUUCACACAAUUACAAUGCAAGUCCAGACAGCUUGAGUUAAACGAAAGAACUUGCAGAUGUGACAAACCAAGAAGAUGAUUAGUGGAGAAAAGCGCUGGAGACCGAAUGAAGGAAUAUAUUUUUUAUACGUAGCACUUUCUUUUACACGUGAGGAUGCAUUCCCUGGGCAGAUUGAAAGACAAAACAACAACAACAACAGCCACAACAGCAAACAAACAAAACAAGAAUCGAAGGCAAAAACAAACAAAACGCAUUACGAGCGCAAGAGAGAAAGCGUGAAAGAAAUCCUCCCUUUCCAGAUUUUAAUAUAUGAGUGUAUUUGUAUAAAUAUAUAUUAAAGAGAUGAUGACAAUGUGUACCGCUGCUAUAUGAAUUGGAAACACUACAUUCAAGUGAACGAAUGCACCAGUGGGUGCGUGAAUGGGAUCUUCUUCAGUGCCAGUGCAAAGAGACUGCUAGUGGACAGGGCUGACUGUGGUUUUGCUUUCAAAACCAAUAUUUUUCAAUGUAACAUGUCACUGGAUAAGGGUCUGCUGUGGAGAAUAUAUAUAUAUACAUUAUCUAUGAAUAUAUAUAUGUUUAUAUUUUAUUAAAGUGGUCACUACCAUGACUUCACUCGAGAGAGAGAGGUGCAACGAGAAGGUGUCUCCUAGCAACAGUUGGACUAGGGAAAAAAAGUUGGAGACACUUUCUAAUGGGACUGAAAAUGGCGGGUCCAGGGUACACAUGGCAGUCUGAGACACGUGGAACCCCUCUCCCUGUAUGAUGUGACCGCCUUCCAUUGCUGGAGACUCUCGUCACUCAUCACAGAUGACUGUACUGACUAACAUCCAAUAGGACUUGGUUGUGAAAAAAAAAUACUUCUGAAGGGAUAUUAAUCGUAGGUAUAUAUAGAGACAGAGGUGAUCAUAAAACAGCUUGAUUCCAUCCUCUGCCAGAGAACAGCGUUGUGCACCGCGGGUCACAUUCAGUGAUUUAUCCAGUGUGUUUGUUGUGUUCGUUUUUUCCAAAGAAAUUAAAAUUGCACACUUCCUUAGGAACUGUUCCUGGCAACAAAAUAACCACACCAUCUGUAUAUGCAUACCUAAUAUCCCUUUUUGUAGUACAUUACACAUAAUUUAUAAUGCUAGAAUAUGUUCAGUAUUCGAUGUAUUUAAGUUGAUCUAUUUAUAUGCAGUGUUAUUGUUUUUUGUUUUUGUUUUAUUUUGUUUUGUUUUAUUUUUGCUUUGUCUUUCUUGUCAAUGUCCUGGCGGUUGAUAACGUGAAAACUGUAGACGACUUUUUUUUUAUAGAAAAAAAGCAAGAAAAGAAAAUCACGGAGAGAAAACAAAACUUUAACAUUCCUGAAACGCUGUUGUCUGGCGACUCAGCGUACGCGUUCAGGCUUCUCAUAGCCUUCGCCUGUGAAAUGGGACUCUGGCGGCAACCGUGGCAACUGCACAGACUCAUGGAGAAGACCCUCUGUGCCUGCCAUGCUAACAGUGCCUUAUGGAAAGGUACUAAAUGUGACUGAUCAUGCCCAGAAUCAACCAAUAGCAGCUUGAGCUGUGUCUCUCGGGAGGAAGUGGACUAAGAUGGAGUUGGAGUUUAUGAGAGUGCAGAGUUGUUCAGCCCUGUUGCUAAGCGAUAAUGCUCCAGAGGAGGCAACUUUCUUGCAGCCUUCUUGACUAAUAAAGAUAAACAUUCUAUUGUAUUAAAAGUGAUGAAACUGUU